AUGCUCCAUCGUCUCAUGCUCCAUCCUCUCAUGCUCCAUCCUCUCAUGCUCCAUCCUCUCAUGCUCCAUCCUCUCAUGCUCCAUCCUCUCAUGCUCCAUCCUCUCAUGCUCCAUCCUCUCAUGCUCCAUCCUCUCAUGCUCCAUCCUCUCAUGCUCCAUCCUCUCAUGCUCCAUCCUCUCAUGCUCCAUCCUCUCAUGCUCCAUCCUCUCAUGCUCCAUCCUCUCAUGCUCCAUCCUCUCAUGCUCCAUCCUCUCAUGCUCCAUCCUCUCAUGCUCCAUCCUCUCAUGCUCCAUCCUCUCAUGCUCCAUCCUCUCAUGCUCCAUCCUCUCAUGCUCCAUCCUCUCAUGCUCCAUCCUCUCAUGCUCCAUCCUCUCAUGCUCCAUCCUCUCAUGCUCCAUCCUCUCAUGCUCCAUCCUCUCAUGCUCCAUCCUCUCAUGCUCCAUCCUCUCAUGCUCCAUCCUCUCAUGCUCCAUCCUCUCAUGCUCCAUCCUCUCAUGCUCCAUCCUCUCAUGCUCCAUCCUCUCAUGCUCCAUCCUCUCAUGCUCCAUCCUCUCAUGCUCCAUCCUCUCAUGCUCCAUCCUCUCAUGCUCCAUCCUCUCAUGCUCCAUCCUCUCAUGCUCCAUCCUCUCAUGCUCCAUCCUCUCAUGCUCCAUCCUCUCAUGCUCCAUCCUCUCAUGCUCCAUCCUCUCAUGCUCAAUCCUCUCAUGCUCCAUCCUCUCAUGCUCCAUCCUCUCAUGCUCCAUCCUCUCAUGCUCCAUCCUCUCAUGCUCCAUCCUCUCAUGCUCCAUCCUCUCAUGCUCCAUCCUCUCAUGCUCCAUCCUCUCAUGCUCCAUCCUCUCAUGCUCCAUCCUCUCAUGCUCCAUCCUCUCAUGCUCCAUCCUCUCAUGCUCCAUCCUCUCAUGCUCCAUCCUCUCAUGCUCCAUCCUCUCAUGCUCCAUCCUCUCAUGCUCCAUCCUCUCAUGCUCCAUCCUCUCAUGCUCCAUCCUCUCAUGCUCCAUCCUCUCAUGCUCCAUCCUCUCAUGCUCCAUCCUCUAAUGCUCCAUCCUCUCAUGCUCCAUCCUCUCAUGCUCCAUCCUCUCAUGCUCCAUCCUCUCAUGCUCCAUCCUCUCAUGCUCCAUCCUCUCAUGCUCCAUCCUCUCAUGCUCCAUCCUCUCAUGCUCCAUCCUCUCAUGCUCCAUCCUCUCAUGCUCCAUCCUCUCAUGCUCCAUCCUCUCAUGCUCCAUCCUCUCAUGCUCCAUCCUCUCAUGCUCCAUCCUCUCAUGCUCCAUCCUCUCAUGCUCCAUCCUCUCAUGCUCCAUCAUCUCAUGCUCCAUCCUCUCAUGCUCCAUCCUCUCAUGCUCCAUCCUCUCAUGCUCCAUCCUCUCAUGCUCCAUCCUCUCAUGCUCCAUCCUCUCAUGCUCCAUCCUCUCAUUCUCCAUCCUCUCAUGCUCCAUCCUCUCAUGCUCCAUCCUCUCAUGCUCCAUCCUCUCAUGCUCCAUCCUCUCAUGCUCCAUCCUCUCAUGCUCCAUCCUCUCAUGCUCCAUCCUCUCAUGCUCCAUCCUCUCAUGCUCCAUCCUCUCAUGCUCCAUCCUCUCAUGCUCCAUCCUCUCAUGCUCCAUCCUGCCUCUCGUUCCCUCUUUCUCCGUGUCAUGUUCCUUCCCCCCUACCUUCUUCACUCUACCCCUCACCCCCUUUUUUCCGCACUCUUGCCAUCUCACUUCCUCCUACCCUCCUUUCCCCGUUUUCCCCUCCGCGUACCUUCUCUCCCCCAUCCCCCUGCCUUCCUCCGCACCCCUCUCCACCCCUCCCAGAGGACGUGUUCAUAG